UAUAUUUUUUUAGGGUCAUCGUUCUUCCCAUUGUAAUCAUACCGAACGUCCUUUAUUUGAAAUUCGUAAAAAAGGUCGUCCUGUUACUCAAUGCGCAUACUGUAGAGAUCUUCGAAAAACAAAACAAAUACAUAUUAAAUGUGCAUGCAAUGAUAAAAAAGCAAUAUUGAAAAUAGUCUUUCUUCACAAUAUCCUUUAUUAAUCAAAAAUAAUUUAUCACAAGCAUGUUCUUCUUCGACUCUUGUAAAUGACGUAUCUCAACAAGAUAAUACAAAAUGUACUUGUCCUGCAAAUAUUCAUACAACUAAAGAAAUGGAAGCUAUUCCCAUGAUAAGGUCAUCAUCGUCUGGCUCUGUUCCUCCUACUACGAGUACUCAACUAGAAAUGCCACAAGAUACUUUAUUACAACAAGCGCCACUCUGUCCUACAACAAAUGAGGAAAAUAGACCUUAUUCAUGGGCGUUGAUCACUACGUCUACUCCUCCUCCUCCUUCUUCCGCCAAUCAGGAUGUGAAUUUAUCUACUACUAAUAAUCCUGUACCAUUUUCACAAUCAUCCCCAUUUACUGGUAACACGACUGAUAUGACCUUCAAUCAUCAUGAUUACCUUCAGCUCGGGUUCACUUUUCAUAAGCCACCCUCUUCCACUCAAAGGUUUCUAGAGGGUAAACCUAGGUUAAAACGUCGAUCUACAUCGAAUAGUAAACGUCAUCAACAAUCCAUGUCUACUCUUAUGAUGGCUGCUUGUGGUAUACCGAUGACGAUGGCUAAUUUAACGAUUGAUACGAAUAGUAGUAGUACUAGUAGUAGUAGUGCUAGUUUAACAACACCUCCUUCAUCCACUCUAUCUCCUGAAGUACCCUCUUUUAAUAAUCCAAAUAUGGACUUGCAAUUUGAUUAUCUUACUCAACAACUUGAAACAUUGUCUAGCCAUCAUCCAGACACUUCAUCAUUGAAUGAUGUAGAAGAAUUUACAACUAUCUUGAGCAACAUACUUCUUCCUCAAGUCUCUCAUCCUACUCCUACUCCUACUCCUACUACACCACCACCACCACCACCACUACUAUCACAACAACAACAACCUAUAAGGUCUCAUUGUGGUAGUUUUGUACCUCUUUCAAAUUGCUGUCAAGAUCUUGGUGUAAAUGGAGGUGAGUCUGUUGUCAUCACCAUCACUCCUCUACUUACUGAUCCAUCUAAACAACAAACAAAUACAACUACUAGUACUACUACUACUACUACUACUACUCGUAUUGUUACAUGUUAUUGUGGACAGCAAUGUAUUUGUCCUGGUUGUCUUGUACAUCCUGGCAAUUUUCUUUUAGGAAAUGAUCCUUAUACAGGUUUAUUACCUUCUUCUUCCUCUUCUUGUUAUUGUUCUGAUGAAGAAGAUACGUCAAAUAAGACAACGAUGAUAGUAGAAGCAAAUACAAAUGAUAUAUUUAAUUUAAAUAAUAACACCAAUUAUAUGUCAUUUUCACCAUCAUAAAAAAAAAACUCGACUAGAGAAAGAGAGGAGAGGAAAGAAGACCUACAUGUCACUCACUAUUAUUUUGGCUCUCUUUCUCUCUUAUCCUUUUUCUUGUUCUUCUUCUUUUUAUAUACACAUCUAUAAAUUUGUAAAUAAAUAAAAAAUAAACUAUCUUCCUUUUAGAUAUGUAUAAUGCCUCAUUUCUUAUUACUCUUCCUAUAGAUGUAAAUUAUGUCCUUAUGAUUGGUAAAU